AUGCACUGCAAAACUUCCAAAAUAACUUACCUGCUAAGUCUUAAGAGUGAAGAAGUUCGAGUUCCUACUGUACAACCGAGGCAUUGUACGUGGCCCAAAGUCCCAGAAAUGGAGUCAACUAAUGGCCGAGACCAUUGGUCCAAAGAAGACGUUGUGACAUUACUGGAUUGCAUGGAGGAUAAUCUCCCAUCCCAUGACAACCACACAUUCAAAACAACACAGUCAUAUAUGGACUGGGAAAAAGUAGCCUUUAAAGAUCAUUCUGGAGAAAGGUGCAAACUCAAGUGGUUAGAGAUUUCUUACAACAUAAGAAAGGUUCGCACUUUGACAGAAUUAGUCCUGGAAGCUAAGGAACGUGUUAAUAAUCUCCACAAAAGCAAAAAGUGCAGGAAACAUCCGGACUUGCCCAAGAAGCCAAUGACUGCUUACUUCCGCUUCUUCAAGGAGAAGAGGCCCCAGUAUGCUCAAAAACACCCUGGGCUGAACAACAAAGAGCUGACCAAGGUCCUGUCUGAGGAAUACAAGAAGCUCCCAGAGCAGGUGAAGCUGAAGUAUAUUCAAGAUUUCCAGAAGGAGAAACAGGAGUUUGAGGAGAAACUGGCUCAAUUCAGAAAGAAGCACCCUGAUCUAGUCCAGAAUUCCAAAAACUCUGUCGUCCCCAUGAGAAGACCAACCAGAGCCCAGAAGAAAUUUCAGAGGAAUGUGAGAGAAGUGAAGUCUCCCACAGAAAGCUAUUUUUCCAUGAGGAUGAAAUUCAAUGGAGAGCCCAGGAAGCCCCCCAUGAAUGAAUACCACAAGUUCCAGCAGGACUUGUGGGAGAGUAGGGAGCUGCAGGACCUGCCGCUGAGGGAGCGCAUGGUGGAGAUUGGCAGACGCUGGCAGCGCAUCCCCUGGAGCCAGAAAGAGCAUUAUAAGAGGCAGGCUGAGGAGCUGCAGAAACAGUACAAGGUGGACCUGGAUCGCUGGCUCAGGAGUCUGUCUCCCGAAGAAUAUGCUGCGUACAGAGAGAGAACCUACACAAAGUAUAAGAAUAUGAACAUGAAUGGAGGCCCGGAUCCCGAUAUGAGCCCGACAGAUGUGCAGUCUCCAUCAGCAAGGAGCCUGCAAGCAGGGCUUGGACAGGAGCAGGGGCUUCAGGCUCCAGAGAUAGAAUCAUCAAAGGCUGUUGGUGGCCAUUCUCAUGCCCCUUGGGGAUCAGAAGAAAAUCAGGAAGAUGGCAGACAGGUAGGAGGCAGUAGCUCCUCGUGCUCCAGCAGUGCAGAUGAAGAUGAAGACUGUGAGUCUGAGGACAGCAGCUCCAGCUCAUCUUCCUCAGGGGACACCUCUGACUCAGACUCCAGCUGA